AUGGAUCACCAAACUCUGCAGGAAGCUUCGACCAUCAAUGUUUCAUCCCUUACUUGCAUAGAUCUCGCCAACUCUGAUCUUCAUCAAUCAGCUGCUUUGCUUAAACAGGCAUGUAUGGAUUGUGGAUAUUUCUAUGUCAUAAAUCAUGGUGUAAGUGAGGACUUGAAGCACGAGGCUUUCCAUCAGAGCAAGAAAUUCUUUGCUCUUCCAUUGGAGGAUAAGAUGAAAGUCUUGAGCAACGAAAUGCAUCGAGGGUAUUCACCAGCCUUUGAGCAGAAUCAAAUUCACGGUGAUCACAACAAAGAGAGUUUCUUCAUGGGAACUGAAAGUACCAAAGAUGAUUCCCAUGGGGAUAAUCCAUUCUAUAGACCCAACACUUGGCCUGACUCUGAUGUUUUGCCGGGAUGGCGGACGACCAUGGAGAAUUAUCACCAAGAAGCAUUGAGGGUUUGCAUGGUUAUUGCGAGAAUACUGGCACUGGCGCUCGACUUGGAUGCAGAUUACUUUGAUACGCUGGAGAGGCUUGGAAAUCCCAUCGCAUAUAUGAGGUUGCUUCACUAUGAAGGAAUUUCUGAUCCCUCUCGAGGAAUAUAUGGAUGUGGAGCACAUACUGAUCACGGAAUGAUGACUCUCAUAGCAACCGAUGGUGUAAUGGGGCUCCAGAUAUGCAAGGAUAAGGACGUGAAGCCUCAGAAGUGGGAAUAUGUACCAUCGAUUAGUGGAGCAUAUAUCGGGAAUCUUGGUGACGUGAUGGAGCGUUGGAGCAACGGCCUUUUUAAAUCCACAUUGCAUAGGGUACUUGGGAAUGGUCAGGAUCGAUACUCCAUUCCAUUCUUCUUGAGUCCGAGUCACCACUGUCUAGUAGAAUGUCUUCCUACGUGCCAGUCCGAAAACAAUCUUCCCAAAUAUCCGGCGAUUAAAUGCUCAACGUACCUGACCCAACGUUACAAGGAAUCACAUGUGGAUUUAAGCAAAUCUACGGAAAACAGACCUAGAUGAAGUUUAUGGUUAAACAUCUUUUCCACAGUAAAUGCGUUGGUUUUCUCGUUGGAUUAAUUGUCUUUCCUCGUUGUUAAAAGUACUGUGUGUUUGGCUUGCUUACCAAGGUUUAUAUUAAAUAAAUGGGGACCUGUGGGUUAAUAAAGAACAUCAGUGAUCACUGAAGAGAUUUACUUUA